GCCAAGAGCAUUAGCAACAAAGGCAAACAUGGUGCCUAGCACUAAGCUACUGGCGUUGCUCUUUGGGCUGGUGGCUCUCACCGCUUGCUCAAAUGCUGGAUAUGAGAAGCCCCCACUAGAGAAACCACCCCCAAUUUACAUGCCUCCACCAUUUGAGAAACCACCUCCAAUUUACAAGCCUCCACCAUAUGAGAAACCCCCCAUUUUUAAACCACCUCCAAUUUACAAGCCACCAUAUGAGAUGCCCCCCAUUAUGAAACCACCUCCAAUUUACAAGCCACCAUAUGAGAAGCCCCCCAUGCCCCCCAUUGUGAAACCACCUCCAAUUUACAAGCCACCAUAUGAGAAGCCCCCCAUUGUGAAACCACCUCCAAUUUACAAGCCACCAUAUGAGAAGCCCCCCAUUGUGAAGCCACCUCCAAUUUACAAGCCACCAUAUGAGAAGCCCCCCAUUGUGAAGCCACCUCCAAUUUACAAGCCACCACCAUAUGAGAAACCCCCCAUUGUGAAACCACCUCCAAUUUACAAGCCACCACCAUAUGAGAAACCCCCCAUUGUGAAGCCACCUCCAAUUUACAAGCCACCACCAUAUGAGAAACCACCAUUUAAGAAACUGCCUCCUUAUGGGAAGUACCCUGGUCACCCUGCUACUACUGAGGAUGAGAUCCAAGAGGAGACCCCCCUCUCCUACAAGCCACCACCAAAGAAGCUCCCUCCUCUAAAGCCUCCUCCGAAGCUCCCUCCUCUAAAGCCUCCGCCAGUCAUGAAACCACCACCAAAGAAGCUCCCUCCUCUAAAGCCUCCUCCUAAGAAGCCCCCACCAUACUAUCAUCCACCUCCAUAUUUCCAUUUCUAGUCUUUCCCUAUGCCAGCAACCUAAAUAAAAGACCCUGGGCUCUUCUUUUUGUUCAAGUAAUUGGUUCCACAAGUACUAACCAGUGGCAGAGCUCUAAUGACAUGGAUGAUCCUGGUUUAGUGCUUCUUUAAGCCAUUUCAUGUUUUGAAAAAAUUUCAUGUCGGUGUGAUCUCUUGUUGUUAAUAGUUGCUGAAUAUGUGUUGAAGGUGGACUUGUAUUCAUGCUACUAUCAGGUUGAUAUUUAGCUUCUUUAUAUACUUGUCUAUGUUAUUUCUGGCAA